CGAAGAGUUCGGUAUAGCAUGGUUACCUAGACGUCAUGAAAACAACCUAAAUGGCGGACGGCUACUGAAGUAAGAGAUAAUACCAAAUCAUGGCAGAUCAAGAGGCUGCUCCUACUCCCCCGCCGGCAGACAACCCAGAAGAGGGUGGGGCGCCAGCGGAACCUACUCAGGAACAAACUCCGCCAGAUGCCACUCCUGCUGAUGCACCCCCAGCUGAGACACAAUCUGAAGAAAAGCCCACAGAACAAACUACAGAGCAAGCAGAAGGAGAGACAACAGCACCUACAGACACUCAGGCGGAAAAGACAGAAGUAACUGAAGAAAAGAAGGAUGAAGAAAAUCCGACAGCAGAAACUGAACAGAAGGAAGGGGAGACUGUUGAGGCUCCUGUAGAGGGUGAUGCUGCCCAGGAAGAACAGAAGGAAGGUGAGGCUCCAGUUGAGGGAGAAGCAACAACACAAGAGGCUCAACAGGAAACUACUGCAGAGGAAUCUGCAGCAGAACCUACCCAGGCAGAGGAAGUCCCAGCGCCGGAACAGGAACCUGCGCCUGUCCAACAAGAAGAAGCCCCGGCCCCAACUCAGCAAGAAGAGGAGGCGCCUGUGGAACAGAUAAACGCCGCAAGUCAGAAAGACGAUCCAAAUUCUCCGAGACCUGAACCACAACCAACGCCAUCACAACCGGUACAGGAUACAGCUCCUCUUAGGACCACUGCCAACUUACAAGCUACAGCAACAGUGAAGUUUGUUUUGAUGCCGAGUGGUCAAGUUGUAACCCUAGCCUGCACACUCGGACAGUCACUCGCCCAACUCAAGGCACACUUUGCUGCGGAACUUAAGAUGCCUAUCAACCUCAUUAUGCUUAUGUUUGCAGGCAACAAUAUGGAGGAGACUAAAACACUGGCCGAUCUGGGAGUGGGGCCAAACGGAACUAUACAACUAGAGAUGCAGUCGUCCGAUCCAGUCAAUACGCCCAUCAAAUCAUAUCGUCCUCGUCAGGAGUAUCAUAUGCCUGACGUCAUCACAGUCCGUGUACAGACAGAUGAUGAAACAUCAAAAGAUGUUGUAGUUGAGAUAGAAAGAACCACGAGAAAAAAGCCAUAUUUAGGCGGUUACAGACAUAAGAAGACUGGAAUCGAGUUCCAUCAUGCAUCAGCCCAAACUGUGAGAAAACAACCAGCUCCGUCCAACAUGCUCAAGUACUGUCGUGAUACACAGACCGUGGAACAGCGUCAUCACUUACAGCAGACGAAAAACGACACAUCCACACAGAUGACGAAGAUUGGUGUCUACGUGGCUAACCUGUCAGACAAAUUGGUCAAGCCUGGCAAAUACACCACGGCAGACGACCACCUUGACAUGAUGCUUCAUCAGGUAAUCAUCAUACAAAAAUACUACCGCCGAUGGCUAGCCAAAAGAUAUGUUCAGAAACUGAAGAUGGACAAACAACAAAGGAUGGAAUGGGAAAGACAGGAAGAAAUUAGGAAACGUAAGGAGAAAGAGGAAAGAAUCAAGAAAGAAUUUGAGAGAAGAAUGAAUCCAAAGACAAAAGAGGAUUUCGACCUGCUAUAUCAUGCUUUAGAAAAAUGGCGACAAGAAGAGUUGGAGCGAAUUAAUCAUACGAUGGAUGACGCAGAAAGGAAAGCUGCACUUUGUAUGUUGCUUGACCAGGAAACCCAACUCAUAUCCGCCAUUGGUAGACAUAAACUUGAGGCAGAUGUAGAAAACAAGGAUAAGAGGAUACAACAGUUUCUCAAGAAGGCUGCGUCACCUAAGAAAUGGAAAGGAUUUGAUGGAAAAGUAACCGAAAUGGACACUCCCUACACAAUCAGGGCAAAAGAGCUUCAGGAUAUCUAUAACAGUAUCAACAUGAAAUAUCUUACACAGGACGAACGCCUCGAUGUGCUGCUCACCCUUAAACACACAGUCAAGGAACAUGACUGCAAGUUGACCCAGGAGGUAAUCGAGCUGAUAGAUCGAGAGGCUGACCUUCUAAUGAGAGGGGUCAAGGAGUCCAACUUGGAUGGGCUACGUAAACGCAUCUCAACUUUGUUCCUUCAAUACAUUAAAACUCCGACCUUUAAUCCAGAGGCAGCCAAAUUACUCAAGGUGCCACAAGAUCCAUCAAGCUUGCGAAAGAACAUCUAUUUCUGUCCAAGUUGUAACCAAUAUCUACCCUCCACGGAAUUUGCCCUGUCGUCCAAUUCCCGUACUGUGGGCAAAUGUCGCAAGUGUUCUAAGGUUGACAAUGAUGCUCGAACACGCCAGGACAUCAGCACCUACCAGUACAUGCUCAAAGUCCUUAGAAAAGCAGAGGAGAUGUACGGGGAUGACUCCAAAAUUGCCUUCCUUCUGCAGGAACAAGAUUUGCGCUACCUUGUGGAGAAGAUCUGGAACAGUCAAAGCAUACUGAGUGCUUGGGAGGACCUUUACGACCUUGUACUGGUCCGCUGGGACAAACAUCAGGAGUGGUCUCCCUGGAAUUGUAUCCUGCUGACCAAGGACGAAGCAUCUGCACAUGAUAAAUUAGUUAAUUUAGAAGAGGGAUACGGUUCUGUAUUCAUACAUAAAGUUCAACAGAAACAUACCUUGGCUAGGAACUACUUCUCCAGACUCCCAGGAAUGGCUGAACACAUUCGAAUCCGUGCCAAUGAACGAUCAAUGCCUUCAGGACCCACGAUAGCUGGCCAGCAACUUCCAGUACAGCAGCGGGCAUAAUACAUGUCAAUUGGCUAUAUUGGGAUCCCAAAUUUCAACAAAAACUGCUUUUUUUAAACGAUUUCCCCCCUUCAAAAUCAUGUGAAAUUGUGCAAGAAAAAACCCACAUGAAGAACAGUUUUUUGUGGAAAUUAUCAAAAUAUACAAUAUACUUUUUUUAAAGAUUGUAUAUUUAAUUAUAUUCCUGUCAGGAAAACAACAUUUGGCAACCAAAUAAGAAAUACAGUGCAACUUUAAAAAGCCAAGUGUACAAAUUUUACCUGUAGGUCAUUAAUUCACAUGAAAAUUAAGGAAAAUGUAAAAUUUCAAAAAGAUGAAAUAGUACCAGUUAUAUUUUAUAGCAAGUUAAAGCACUGUGAUGAAUUUUUCCUAUUGGCACAGGAUUCUAAAAACCUCGAAGCGAGGAUUCUCUUGGCUAGUCUAGUGUUCGGAUUGCAUCCAAGAUAAUUUCUUGCUGAGGAUUUAAGGUUCCUUGAUGUCAUUAUGUAUGUCUGUGAUAUGAAUUUUGAAUGUAAAUAUUUCAGUUGUAAAUUGUAAAUAUAUAUUGAACUUAUCACCGUUGAAAGAAUAAUGAUAAUAAUAAAUUAAAUUAUACUACA